AUGGCAGUUCAAGAAUUUAAUAGAAAUGAAGCUGCCACUAAUCAUGUGGCAGUCAUAUUUGGGGUUACAGGGUUAGUUGGAAAGGAGCUUGCGAGAAGGCUAAUCUUGAAGUCCAAAUGGAAGGUUUAUGGUAUAGCUCGAAACCCUGAGAGCAUACCAAUAAGAAAUCCUAACUUCCAUUUCAUUUCAUGUGAUUUGUUAAACCCUAUAGAAACCCGAAAAAAGCUUCUUUUCUUACAAGAUGUGACCCAUAUCUUCUGGAUCACUUGGGCAAGCCAGUUUCCCUUGGAUAGCCAAGAGUGUAGCGAGAAGAACAAGGACAUGAUGUCCAAUGCUUUGAAUGCCAUUCUUCCCACAGCAAAGGCAUUAAAGCAUGUAUCACUGCAGACGGGUAUGAAGCACUAUAUCUCAUUAGAAGGCCCUUUUGACCACAAAGUUCGUUACUACAAUGAAGAAUGUCCGAGGAUAAGUAGUACAAGUCAUAAUUUUUACUAUGACCUAGAGGACUUGCUCAAGGAGAGGCUAGCUGGUAAGGUAGCUUGGUCUGUGCUCCGGCCUGGUUUGUUAAUGGGUAGUUCUACUAGGACUCUGUAUAAUUUCAUGGGUGGCCUAUGUGUUUAUGGAGCAAUUUGUAGACAUCUACAUCUCCCUUUUGUCUUUGGAGGGACAAGAGAGUGUUGGGAAGAGACCUGCAUUGAUGGCUCAGAUGCUCGAUUAGUAGCUGAACAGCACAUUUGGGCAGCCACCAAUGAUGCAACAUCAUCCAUUGAUGGCCAAGCUUUUAACGCAAUCAAUGGCCCCAGUUUUACUUGGAAGGAGAUCUGGCCAGCUCUGUGUGUAAAGAUUGGUGUAGAAGUACCAGAAAACAUGCUUGUGGAGGAUUUUUGGUUUGAAAUAGGCAUGGCUGACAAGAAAACAGUUUGGAAGGAGAUUGUAAUAAAAGAAGGGCUGGUUCAAACAGAGAUGGAAGAUUUGGCUAAUUGGGCCUUCUUGGACAUGUUGUUUCGAUGCCCAUUUAAAUUAUUGGGGACACGAGACAAAGCCGAUCGGCUUGGUUUUACAGUAAAGUAUAAGACAUUGAAUUCAAUCUUGUUUUGGAUUGAUUUAAUGAGAGGCGAGAAACUCAUUCCUUAG